AUGCUUUUGAGUGAUUAAUUAAUUUGUGUUGAUGAAAAAUGCUAGCUUUCAUAAAAAUUGAUUCGUUAUUGGAAUAUAUUUCUUUAGCAUUAAGAAUAGGAACAUAAAAUGUUAACCAUCAAUCAAUUAAAAUCAUACUUAAUAGAAAAAUAAAAAAAUCAGAAUUAAUCUUAAUAUUUUAAUAAAAGGAAAAAUUAAUACCUUUCUUAAGCAGAAAAUAAAUUAGAAUAAUUGUUUGAUUAAUUAUAAGAGAGGAUAUAAUAAAAUAUUAAGUAGGAACUUUAAGAAAUAUAUCAGUAUAUUGUAAAUUUAUAUUUAGUUUAUGUUUUUAAGAAUUAGAAAAAAAGAUAGAUAGCUAUAUUUAGGAUGAUGAAAUUAAUUUAGAUAAUUUUGAGAUAUUUUUCUAAUAUGAAGAGUUUUAAAAGAAAUGCUUAAAAUAUUAUACAAAUAAUGUUGAUAAUUAAAUAGAGGACAUUAUCAAUUAAUUUUGCAUAUUAAAGAAUAAUUAAUUUGAAGAUUUUUUUACAUCUCUUAAUCAAUCAUUUUCUCAUCAAAAAUAUAUAGUAAAUAAAAUUGAAUAACCAAAAAUGUGGCCUGAAAUUUAAAAUUAAAUAUAAUUUAAUGAAUCUGAUUUCCUUCCAUUAAAAGGAUAUAAAUAAAUAGAUAAAACAUUAUAAGGAUAAAUAAAAUAAGUUGAAUUGACCAAAGAAUUUAAAAAUGAAUCAAAUUUAUCAAUAAAAUAAGAAAAAUUAUAAGUAUCCAAGCCUGAAACUAACUCAUAAAGGCCAAAGAAAAAAUUAAAUUUACCUUAAAAAUAAAAUUAAUUAGUUUAAUCUUAAAUAAAUAAUAAUUCUUAAAACAUAAAAAAUAAUUAGAUUCCAAAUUUCAAAUAGAUAAAUGGAUAGGUAGAAUUAUUUAGUCCAUAACUUAUGAAUGGGGUUUUUGAAUUAUCACAUAAUUUUAAACUAGCAAAAUCUUCUUCUGGUUUUAUAUUAUUUGAAGGUAUUUUUUAGAAAACCUCAAUAAUAAAUUUUGAGAUACUAUUUUUAGAAAACGAAAAAAAUUCAGUAUAUAUUUGUUUAUUAAUAUUUAGGAAAUUGAAAUAGGUAUAAUUGAAUGGGGUACCUUUUAAUAUCCAAGAGAGAUAGGAAAGCCAUAAGUAGGAAUUUGUAGUAUAAAUAAUUAAGGAGGUAAAAUAUAUUUUUAAAUAAAGUUGUAUUUAAGGAAGGGAAAAAAAAAUAAAAAAAAGCAAUUAUUUUUUCAAAUUUGUAAAAAUUAAAGAUUUAAGUAAAGAAUUAAGUAGAAACAUUUUUAGGAGAGAAGACUGUAAUAUUGUAUAGUUUAAUAUAGACUUCAAUAGAUAUAUCUUAAUUAAAUGGAGAUUUAUCUUUUUAUGCUUGUAUAAAAAAUGGGUAAAUUUAAAUAAUGCCUUGA